AUGGCCCCGGGAGUGGAGCUGGGUUUCGCGGCGGCGGCGGCUGGGCCGGGCGGGGCUUGAGCGAGCUGCGCAGCGCCACUUCCCCAGCAAGGUCGGGGGCGGCCGGCGGGGCUGGCGAGGCCGGGCUGCCGAGGCCCCGCCGCCCUGCGCGGCGGCCCUGCCAGCCGGCCCCUGCGCCUUCCUGACCCUCCAGCAUGUUACGCGCCGCUGCCCGGCCGCUCCGACGCCUUCCACCGCACCCUCUUCGUGUUCGCCUGCCGCGCCCAGCCUGGCCUACGCGUCGGGACCGGGGGCCUUUCUGCGGUGAGGCUGUUCCGGAACCAGCUGCCGCCGAACGACACGUACCCCGAGGAGCCGCCCCCGAGGCCGCCCCCGGACCCGGCCCCCCGCCCCCGGGGCCGGCUGAGCGGCGCGGCCGCCGCCUGCUGCCGCGUCUGCGGCUGCCCCGGGCCGCGCUGCUGCGGCCGCUGCCGCCGCGCCGCCUACUGCGGACCCGAGCACCAGGCGCUGGACUGGCGCCGCGGGCAUCGCCGCUCCUGCGGGCAGCACCCGGCCGGAGAUGACUCGGUGGAUGCAAUUCCAGAGCAUAAUGAAUUCCUUUUUCCAGAAUAUGAAAUUUUGAUAGAACCUGAGGAACCAGAAUUUCCUGAUGACAGCACUAUAGAUCCUGGUGAUGAACAAGUAGCUGCAGAGACAUCAAAGGACCUGAAAGAACAAGAGGAACUUGGAGCUACAGGCAGUGCAGGUGAAGCACUUCAGUCCUUAGAUGAAGAGACACUGGAAGCAUUGGCAAAACGUGAGACUGAAGAAGACAAGAUCUUCCAAAUGUUUAAAGAAAAAGUAGCUGCUGAACCAGAGCAGAUUAUUAGAUACUGCAGAGGAGGAGAAGGCCCAAUCUGGGUGUCAGGUGAAAACAGGCCUGAAGAAAAAGAUAUCCCAAAUUGUUUAUGUGGUGCCAAAAGGAUUUUUGAAUUCCAGAUUAUGCCACAGCUCCUGAACUACCUUCAAGUUGACAGCCUUGGAGAGAGCAUUGACUGGGGAACACUGGUGGUGUACACUUGUGCUAACAACUGCGGUGGGGCACACGAAUACCUGGAAGAGUUCAUAUGGAAACAAGACUAUUCCGUGGGCCAUGUUUUACCAAGUUGAGUCAUCUAAAUGGAAUACUUGCUUUAUUUCAUUGCAUCUCUGCACUAUGUAAACAGGUAGUUGAACUAGAAGUCACUGUUAACAGCAGAUCUUGUAACAGGGAUAAAACUGCUAUAACUAGACCUCGACAGCCUCUCUCUUGUGCUCCGGGGAAGCUUUUACUUCAACCUGGUAAUGAAGCCAGAUGUGUUUGUUCUGUGAGUUUCAUUUCAAAUCUCAUUUCUCAAUGUUUAAAUAAAGAUGAAAAGCUUU